CGGUGUGAGACACAGGGCCGUUUGGUACCGGCUCAUAACGGGACAGAUAAUUAAUCCCGGGAUAAAAACGGGUGAAGAAUAAAAAGUUGUGCCUUUGUGGUGUUGUGAGAGACAGAUUGUUUAUUGUGCGCGUUUGGGCUCCGUGUGCGUUAUAAGCUCGUGUUUAUAGGCACUUUGUGGUGUGUAACAGUUCCUGUUAGAGGACAAUGGAGUCUCUCCGCCAUCAGCAGCGCCUGCAGCCCGGACUGGGAUACGGAGCCACACUGAGAGCCGCACUCAGGCCCGGGGUCACGGGGACGGGGACCGGGACCAGCUCCGGGCCUCCGCCGCCGCUCCCCCCGCUACACAGUCUCAGCGCCGGCUUCAUGAGCCACACCGGACUCGGAGCUCCAGAACCGGUCACAAACCCCGCCGUGCUGCGGGAGGCGGUGGACGCGGUGGUGCGGAGCUUCGCCAAACACACGCAGGGAUACGGCAGGGUGAACGUGGUGGAGGCUCUGCAGGAGUUCUGGCAGAUGAAGCAGUCUCGAGGAGCCGAGCUGAAGAACGGGGCGUUGGUGGUGUACGAGAUGGUUCCUUCCAACAGUCCUCCGUACGUGUGUUACGUCAGUCUCCCGGGCGGCAGCUGCUUCGGGAGCUUUCAGUUUUGUCCGACCAAAGCAGAAGCCAGACGGAGCGCCGCCAAAAUCGCCUUAAUGAACUCUGUGUUUAACGAGCAUCCAUCACGCAGGAUCACUGACGAGUUCAUCGAGAAGAGUGUGUGUGAGGCGCUGGCAUCCUUUAACGGAAACAGAGAAGAAGCAGAUAAUCCCAACACGGGCAUCGGAGCCUUCCGCUUCAUGCUGGAGUCUAACAAAGGCAAAUCCAUGCUGGAGUUCCAGGAGCUGAUGACGGUUUUCCAGCUGCUGCACUGGAACGGAAGUCUGAAGGCCAUGAGAGAGAGGCAGUGCUCUCGGCAGGAGGUGUUGGCUCAUUACUCUCACCGCGCUCUGGACGAUGACAUGAGGAUGCAGAUGGCAGCAGAUUGGGUGAACCGUGAGCAUGGCGUGGCGGGCAGCGUGGCGCGAGAGCUGGCGGCCACUGAGCGAGAGCUGGAGGAGGCGAGACUCGCCGGGCGAGAGUUACGCUUUUAUAAAGAAAAGAAGGACAUCUUGAUUAUGGCACUGGGGCAACUGGGCAGCUCCAAUAGCACCACACUGCCCCUGAACUGCUGAAGAGACGGAUACAGCAGUGAUAUCUACACACACACACACACACACACACACACACACACACACACACACACACACACACACACACACAUGUAGACACACACACAUACACACAGACA